UCCGAAACGAAACUCUAAUUUGUAGUUAACUCCCCUUGAUCAGCAUUUUGGGGACGUAUUUUGUAGCAGAUAUGACGAAUUAUUUAAAGAUAUAUUCGGCGGGACGUUCAGCCCAUCAAAUACUAUGUCAUUCUACUCGUGCUACAUCAAUUGUUCCCAAUAGAUCACUAUGGAAGGAUGUAAGUCCUCCUGAGCCUAGCAUGAAGUGGGCUGAUAUCACAGAUCGAGCCGCAAGAACAACCUUCUGGGGAGAAAUGAUCGGUGGUCUUGCACUUGUCUUUGGUCAUCUUUUCAAAGAGCCUGCCACAAUCAACUACCCUUUCGAGAAAGGCCCACUCAGUCCACGAUUUCGUGGGGAGCAUGCUUUACGCAGGUAUCCAUCUGGAGAAGAAAGAUGCAUUGCUUGCAAGCUUUGUGAAGCUAUUUGCCCAGCUCAGGCUAUUACCAUUGAAGCUGAACCACGUGCUGAUGGCAGUCGUAGAACUACCAGAUAUGAUAUUGAUAUGACAAAAUGUAUUUAUUGUGGAUUCUGUCAGGAAGCUUGUCCUGUUGAUGCAAUCGUUGAGGGUCCCAAUUUUGAGUAUUCCACUGAAACUCGAGAAGAAUUACUUUAUAAUAAAGAAAAGUUACUUUCAAAUGGUGACAGAUGGGAACCUGAAAUAGCUGCUAAUCUCCAGGCUGACUAUUUAUACCGAUAACUAGUUUAGUACUAGUUUAGAUUACCCCUGACAGCAUGAGUUGGUAACUUGUUUCUUUUCUAGAUGGAGUUCAAUAGGUUGACAUUUUGUACUGUACUUAUGCAUAUGAAAAUACCUUGUACAUUAAAUUUCAUUAUUGCAAAUAA